AUUUCAUUCUUUCGCUUUCAGUGAAAUCAUAACGGUCUCCAGUUUCUACCUUUGUAAAAUAUUUGGGCUUCGUCUACUCAUGUUAAAGAUUCAGCUCCACCAGGAUAUGCACUCAUCUUUCUGCAAAGAGCACUACCUUUUAAAGCCCCAUUGCCCAUCAGCCAGUCUAAUUACCCAAAUUAUUUGUGUCUGUCAUUGACCUAGCCAGUCUGGAGGAAAUAUGGACUGAGGCUAAAGGUUGGCCCUUUGCCAUGCUGAAGCUUGUUAUUUGGCAUAUGCCAUCUCUGAAGCUUGAGAAGGAAACUCUCUUCCUUAAGACCUAUUACAAUGUAAUCAGUAGGGUACUUGAGUUUCUGUGGUCCCCACCAGCUGCAAACAGAGUUUCAUCUUAAACAAAGACCUGGCAUAGAUAAGACAAUCCUAUAGACUCCAGUAACUGGAGGCCUUCAGGUCUCCUCUAAAGUCAUGCAGUCUUCAGAUGAGCUAUUCAACAGGAAACAGAAGUCAUUGAAUGGAAACAAAGAAACUCCAGGUACCAGUCUGCAGUGCAAGUCUAAUGGGGUAGGAAAAGUCAAUGGCACAUCUGUCAUUCCUAAAAUGGGAGUGCAUGCCAGAUUGUCAGACUGGCUGCCCAAAAAUGAAGGGUGGGAGUAUCUAUGCGGGUCAAACUAUGAGAGAGUUAUUAUGGCGUUUCAAAAUGGACAACCAGACCAAAGCAUAGAAAUCAUUGACGUGAAUGAAGCACCAUUGGAACUUGAUCAUCCUGACAAAAAAAAUUCACAGAGGGACCUUUUGAGUCAGUCCCCUUUAAAGGGUCUUCAUCCCAUUCGACAGCGAAGCAACAGUGAUGUGACUAUCAGUGAUAUAGAUACUGAGGACAUAAUCCAUCAAAAAGCUGUCAACCCAAACACUGGUGCCUCAUUGCAUCGGGAGUAUGGCAGCACUUCCUCUAUUGACCACCAAGGUCUAGGUGGGGAUGGAGCCCUUACACUGUUAAAGGGCUACAAAGUAGACAAAUUGGAUAAUCUGAAUAAACACUCAACUGGUUUCCCAAAGAUGCAUUAUGACAGUGCUUUUUCAACUAGCUUGCAGACAGCAGCUCAAAUAGCACGUGGAGAGAUCAUUUGUAUCCCAGGCUAUGACUAUGUAGGCAGUUCCCUUCUCUACAGUCAAGAAAGAGAUAAAUCCCUUAUGCAUCGGCUCAGAUCAGAGUCAUCUGAGACAUCUUUUUUCCGGAAGUUGAGAACUAUUAAAAAUGAGCAUGGUUUCCGGCUCUCAACUGAGCAAGAAGACCGGCGGUCUCUUGGCAUCCCGAAAUGCUUUGCUCACUAUGAUGUGCAGAGUGCACUCUUUAAUAUUAGCGAUGCUAUGGCAAAUCAAGUCAGCCUUGGUCAUAGGAAGAAUACUACAACUGGUGCCUCAGCUGCUUCACAGUAUCAAGUCCCAUGUAGUGGUCCAGUAUAUGGAAAUACUAGUGGAACUGCACCAAUGUUUGAAUCUCCACUGGGCAGCCAUGAAGAGUUGAACCCUAAACAAAAUAUUGACGCAGACGAGGGUGAUGGAAAGAACAAUGAGCUAGUGCUAAGUUGCCCACAUUUCCGGAAUGAGAUUGGUGGAGAGGGUGAAAAGAAGAUUUCUCUGUCCAGUGCCAACUACAGUGGGGAAGGAAGCUGUUCCUUUGAGUCUUCAUUAAGCUCUCACUGCACCAAUGCUGGUGUUUCUGUGCUGGAGAUACCUCGGGAAAAUCAACCAGUCCAUCGUGAAAAAGUGAAGCGAUACAUCAUUGAGCACAUUGACUUGGGGGCAUACUAUUACCGUAAAUAUUUCUAUGGAAAAGACCACCAGAACUACUUUGGAAUGGAUGAGAAUCUGGGUCCUGUGGCCAUCAGUGUGCGACGAGAAAAGCUUGAAGACAUGAAGGAGAAGGAGGGCUCACUGUACAAUUACCGUAUUGUUUUCAGGACCAGUCAGCUGACUACUCUUCGAGGAGCAAUUCUGGAAGAUGCAGUGCCUUCCACAGCGAGGCAUGGCACAGCCCGUGGUCUCCCCCUGAAGGAGGUGCUGGAGUAUGUCGUUCCUGAGAUCAACAUUCAAUGCCUCCGACUGUCCCUUAACUCCCCCAAAGUCCCUGAACAACUUCUCAAACUGGAUGAGCAGGGGCUAAGUUUCCAGCACAAGGUGGGUGUGUUGUACUGUAAGGCAGGUCAGAGCACAGAGGAAGAGAUGUACAAUAAUGAGAGUGCUGGACCUGCAUUGGAUGAAUUCCUGGACCUGCUCGGGCAGAGAGUGCGAUUAAAGGGCUUCAAUAAGUACAAGGCACAGCUAGAUAAUAAGACGGAUUCUACGGGAACCCACUCGCUCUACACUACCUACAAGGACUAUGAACUAAUGUUUCAUGUGUCCACGCUCCUACCCUAUACACCCAACAACAGGCAACAGUUGCUCAGAAAGAGACACAUUGGAAAUGACAUCGUCACCAUUGUGUUUCAAGAACCAGGAGCCCUGCCCUUCACACCUAAAAACAUCCGCUCCCAUUUCCAGCAUGUAUUUGUUAUUGUUAAAGUUCACAAUCCCUGCACUGAAAGCGUUUGCUAUAGUGUUGCUGUAUCAAGAUCAAAAGAUGUGCCUCUGUUUGGUCCUCCAAUUCCUAAAGGUGUGACCUUCCCAAAGUCAUCUGUCUUCAGGGACUUCCUGCUUGCCAAAGUAAUCAAUGGUGAGAAUGCAGCACACAAGUCAGAGAAGUUCUAUGCUAUGGCUACUCGAACACGCCAAGAGUACCUUAAAGACCUAGCAGACAAUUUUGUGAGCACAACUACUGUGGACUCAGCUCUCAAAUUCAGCUUCAUCCCACUGGCUGCCAAGAAAAAAGAGCGGAUCAUACCAAAUAGGGAUGCCUACCUCCACAGCACAGGAGCCAUCAUGUGGACUGUGGUGGCAUGGGAUUUCAGCCAGUCAGUGGAUGUUCAGUGCCUGCUUGGCAUCUCCAAUGAGUUCAUUGUUCUGAUCAAGGAGGAGUCAAAGAAUGUGGUUUUCAACUGCUCCUGUCGUGAUGUGAUAGGCUGGACCUCCACCAUCAAGAGCAUUAAGGUAUUCUAUGAACGUGGUGAAUGUAUGAUGUUCUCAGCUCAGGAAGGCUUUGGAGAAGACAUCAGGCAAAUUGUCCAGCGGCUUGAGAUAACCACCCAUGGCUGUGAGACCACACAGAUGGUACUUCACCGGAAUGGCUUGGGACAGCUGGGUUUCCAUGUCAACUUUGAAGGCAUUGUGGCUGAUGUUGAGGCAUUUGGAUUUGCAUGGAAAGCAGGCCUGCGCCAAGGCAGCCGUCUGGUGGAGAUUUGCAAGGUGGCUGUAGCCACACUUUCUCAUGAGCAGAUGAUUGACUUGUUACGCACUUCCAUCACAGUCAAGGUGGUGAUUGUUCAGCCUCACGAGGAUGGUACUCCCAGAAGAGGUUGUUCGGAGCUGUACCGCAUUCCCAUGGUGGAAUACAAGCUGGAUAGCGAAGGCACACGCUGCGAGUAUAAGACCCCAUUCAGGAGGAACACCACCUGGCACCGGGUGUCCACUACUCCAGGGGGCCAGCCUCUACCUCGAGGCUCACCCACUCAGGGUCCUGAACAAGAGCAUUGCCAACCUAUCUCUCAGCACACUGAGAUAUCCAUCCCACGCAGCACAUCCUUCAACAGGAAACUGCCAGACAUCUCCAGGAUGAUACAUGAUCUGGAAAACCCACAGAUAUCCUGUAGUAAGGCAGAGGCCAGUCAACACUACUGUAGCUCACCCAGUAACCAGUCCUCAUCCAGUGACCCAGGGCCAGGUGACAGCACCACGUGGAACCGACAGCCAAGAUAUGAUGGGUGUCAUUCGCCUAUACAGCACAAGCAAUCAUCUGACCCUUCUGACCUAGCCAUGGGAAGUGCUAAAAGCUUGAAAGAGAAACAACCAAUGUUGGAGAGGGCAUGCUCUGCAGAGGUCAAGGGCUGCACUCCCUCUACAAAGAUCCUCAACUCUCAGAAUGAGAAAAGCAAGGACACGGCAACCAAACUGCCCAGGGUUUUGGUCUCUGAAAGUCUUCUUCCCUGCCGUGUACUGUACCGCACUCUGUCAGAAGAGAGUAUGUACAGUAAUAGCAAAGUCUCAUCCUAUACCAGCUCCCGCAGCUCAGUGCUUGACCAGGUUCUACCAAAUGAUAUACUGUUCAGCAGCACUCCACCUUACUGCAGCACUCUCCCUGCUUGCACUGGUCGCAGCCAGCCUGUAUCCAACCUCCGGAAUGAGGUCUGGUUUUCUGAUGGGUCCUUGGCAGACAGGUCAAAGUUUAGUGAUCCAGGACUCCUCCCCCUACCGGAUACUGCCACAGGUCUGGACUGGUCCCAUCUUGUUGAUGUUGCACAAGCCUUUGAAGAUCAAAAUAUGGCUUCUGUCUACAUCAUGACUGAUAUGCAGGGAGCUAGACCUGUUCAGAUCUCUCAAGAGCCCAUCAGACAGGCUGCUACAGUGGAAGGAGCUAUACUACUGCCUGGAAAUGACUCAUCUUCCACGCUGACUGGGAAAGUCAACCAACUAGAAGUCAUCCUGAAGCAGCUCCAGCAUGAUUUAAGAAAGGAGAAAGAGGAUAAAGCCAUCUUGCAGGUGGAGGUACAACAUCUUCGACAACAUAAUAUCCGUCUACAGGAGGAGAGUCAAACAGCAGCUGCCCAACUCAGGAAAUUCAUGGAAUGGUUCUUUAAUACCAUUGACAAAAACCUUGAGAACAACUGAGCCUAUUGUUUCAGCUAAGUAAAUAGGUGACCCUUUAAUAAUGCAGCUCCUUCCCCAGUGUGAUGUCUGUGUUCAAAAGUUAAAGAGGAACUUGCAAAGGAGCACAUUGCUAAUACUGUUUGAUUAGUGAAGGUGAAGGCUUGGUAAGUGAAAUGAAGUGAAAAAUGAAUGUAAUUCACCUGAGACGUACUUUUGCUUGGCAUAUAAGUAGGCACUUACAGACCAAAGAAUUCUAGGGAUUCACUGAGAGGAAUUACCCAUUGGGGAGCGCCCCAUAGGACCUUCAAGGGCUUUUUUUCUGUUUGCAUUUGCACCACCAGUAGGAAUGCUGAAGUGAUGUAAGCCGGUUGAUGGUCACCAGUUAGCGACAUCCCUGUUUUUUUCAUAUUAAUGUGUAUUUUGUCCACCAAAUUUCUUGUGUUACUGUGAAAACAGCAAACUAGCAACAUGAGUCAUGUUUUGCUGACAUGUUUAUUUAGAAACAGAUCAUUCCACUGUGCUGUAGAAUGGGGAAGACCAUGAAGUGUUAUGUGCUGACAGUAAAUUAUUUAUUUUACAUGAUAAAGAACGAAUUAGUGGUGGAAAAUAGUUGGUGAUUGCUUAAAAUAUGCUUACUUAACAUGUUAUUGUGGACUAUUAUAACAGGUUUUCUUAAGCAAAAGCUAAAAAUGCCCAUGGAUGAGCACAUAUACUUUAAUUAAGAUUUUUAUAUUUCAUUAAAA